AUGUCUAUUUCACCGAGUCUCUCUCCGAGACAGUGCCCAGAUCGUUACGCCUUUCGUGCGGGUCGGAACUUACCCGACAAGGAAUUUCGCUACCUUAGGACCGUUAUAGUUACGGCCGCCGUUCACCGGGGCUUCGGUCGCCGGCUUCCCUGUCAUCAGUCGCCCGGGCCUAGUCACUGCGACCCCCUUUGUGAGGAGGCACCCCUUCUCCCGAAGUUAUGGGGCUAUUUUGCCGAGUUCCUUAGAGAGAGUUGUCUCGCGCCCCUAGGUAUUCUCUACCUACCCACCUGUGUCGGUUUCCGGUACAGGUACCCUCUUGUUGUAGGUCGUUCGAGCUUUUCCUGGGAGUAUGGCAUCAAUUACUUAAGCGCCGGAGCGCCUCGUACUCAAAUUUGGGCUCGAGGCAUUUUCUCUACCCCUUCUUACCCUGAAAAAACAGGGAGUCACCUUAUGUUCUUGAACCGAUAA